AUGUCUUACGGAUCGAAAGCUGCCCAAAGAUUGGCUAACAAGAUCAUCUUAAUCACCGGUGCCUCUGGAGGUAUUGGUGAAGCUACUGCAAGAGAAAUUGCCGGUGCCGCUAACGGUAACGUCAAGUUGAUCUUGACUGCUAGAAGAAAGGAAAAGUUGGAUGCCUUGGCUAAGGACUUGUCCGCCAAAUAUCCUUCAAUCCAAACCCACGCCGCUCAAUUCGACGUCUCCAAGAUUGAAACCAUCAAACCAUUCAUUUCCAACUUGCCCAGCGACUUUGCCGACAUUGACGUCUUGAUUAACAAUGCUGGUUUGGCCUUGGGCAGGGACCCAGUAGGUCAAAUUGCUGAGGAAGACAUCUCUCAAAUGUUCAACACUAACGUGUUGGGAUUGAUCACCUUGACCCAAACUGUGCUUCCAAUCUUCAAGAAGAAGAAUUCCGGUGACAUUGUCAACUUGGGCUCCAUUGCUGGUAGAGACCCUUACCCUGGUGGUUCCAUCUACUGUGCCACUAAGGCCAGUGUCAAGUUCUUCUCCCAUGCUUUGAGAAAGGAAUUGAUCGACACCAGAAUCAGAGUUUUGGAAGUGGACCCCGGAAAUGUCGAAACGGACUUCAGUCUUGUUAGGUACAAGAAUGAUUCCGACAAGGCCAAGGCUGUCUACGAAGGUACUGAGCCAUUGCUUGCCGACGAUAUCGCAGAGAUCAUUGUGUUCGGUAUUACCAGAAGGGAAAAUGCUGUCAUCGCCGAAACCUUGGUGUUUGCCUCCGGCCAAGCCAGUGCCUCCCAUCUCUACAGAAAGAAAUUGUAA